CUUUUGGCUGCACCGCUGUCUGCGCUCCGUCCCCAUAGUAGGACCGCCAUCUCUCGCCUUCGUGCGAGUUCCAGCUCCGCUUCGCCACCAUGGCUCGGGGUCUAAAGAAGCAUUUGAAGCGACUGAAUGCCCCUAGGCAUUGGAUGCUCGACAAGUUGGGUGGUGCAUUCGUGUAGAUUACCUUGGAGUUUGGUUUACGAGCCAGAUGUAAGAUGCAGGCAACCAUAUCAAGUACUCGACUGCUGGAUCUAGUUUUCGUAGCAACACCUAUAUUUUGAAUUGCCUGUUGUUUAUAUCAGGCCCCCAAGCCAUCUCCAGGACCACACAAGGAGAGGGAAUGUUUACCUCUUGUAGUGAUGCUAAGGAACAGGCUCAAGUAUGCAUUGACCUACCGUGAAGUGGUUGCUAUUGUCAUGCAACGCCUUAUUUCCAUCGACGGCAAGGUCCGCACUGAUAAGUGUUAUCCAGCAGGGUUUAUGGAUGUGAUAUCCAUUGCCAAGACAAACGAGAACUUCCGUUUGUUGUAUGACAACAAAGGUCGUUUCACCCUGCACAACAUCAGUGCGGAGGAGGCGAAGUACAAGUUGUGCAAGGUGAGGUCUGCUCAGUUUGGGGAUAAGGGCGUUCCCUACAUUACCACUUUCGACGGCCGGACAAUCAGGUAUCCCGACCCUCUCAUUAAGGCCAAUGACACCGUCAAGAUCAACCUCGAGACUGGAAAGGUUGUCGAGUUCAUCAAAUUCGAUAUUGGUAACAUCGUCAUGGUAACUGGAGGGCGUAACAGAGGGCGUAUUGGUGUGAUUCAACACCGUGAGAAGCACAAAGGAAGUUUUGACAUUAUUCACGUCACAGAUUCUACUGGGCAGCAGUUUGCCACCCGAAUGGGAAAUGUGUUCACUGUUGGGCAGGGCACCAAGCCCUGGAUCACUCUACCCCGUGGCAAGGGUAUCAAGCUUUCAAUCGUGGAGGAGGCUAAGAAGCGAACCCAAGCUCUCAAGGCUUCUGCUUAAAUGUAGUUCGAGUUUCGCCGUGACUCGAGUGUUCUUAUUUGGAAGGAAAUCACUUCUCUUACUCUCCAGUUGUUUUUCGGCUGCAAACCUGUGCUUGAGUUUUUUUUAUGGUGGAAAUUUCGUUCUUAUGUUGAUUGAUGAAAGAACGAUUUGCAUUCGAAUCCA